AUGCAAGAUCAUCUUGACCAAUGGACCACGCAGACCCGUGCUGCACUUGGAAACCCCAACCUUUGGGCAGUAUGCGGCAAUUUCCUAUUGAGAGCGAACCCAGACGAGGAUGUAGAUGAAUCUCAACUGGUCCGGGCACGCGGCCAAGCUUUGCGGAUACGAGAGACGGAGCACCAUCGGGUUUUCCACGACCUUUGGCGCAGCCCGCCGUUGAACUCUGAGUGGCAGGGAGAACUCUCGCUGAUUGUUGCGUAUUAUACUUUUGAGGAGGGGGAGGAAGACAGCGAAGGAACACUAGUGGGAGAGGAAGAAGAAGAUAGUGAUUCGACGGUAACAGGACUAGGCAUGCAUACCCAGUGA